AGGUAAUGGAAAGCGCAUGCGCAGAGGUGGGACGAGCAAGAACUUGCCGCUCAAAUCCGUCAAUUGGGAUUCGUCAUUCAGCUCCCCGUGUCCGGGGCUGAUCGCGAAAACCGGUGGGUCACGGAGGGGCGCGAUGUAGUUGAGCCGAUAUUGCCUUGGAAAAUUCGCACAACCGCCUCUGACUCCAGCAGGAAACUGUACUUUGCUGUGACGUUGCUGCCUCAGUUCAGGACUCUGCUGCUCACCUGUCAGGAUCUGGAUCCACAUUUCAAACUGCUGUACUGGAAGUAACUCCGAAUGGCAGAGUGAGGUGUAUGCUGAGUAAAAUGACGCAGCCGAUCAGGGAACCUCUCCAGAGGAGGAAGUCACUGGGACCCAUGUCCCCAAAUGCUGCCAAGCGACUCUACCGUAACCUGUCCUUCAGGUUAAAGGGUAGUUCCAGCUCAGAGGAAGGCUGCCUCAUCAAAAAAAUUGAAAAGGAAAGAAGCAAGAAAUCUUCUUCAAUGAACAUUCAGUAUGAUUCGGUCUUUGAUGCUGUGGAACAUGAAGAUCUCGACGCAGUUCAGCAGAUACUUGAGCGUCCUGGUACACUCAACAACCUCAAUGAGGCUACAAGCAAUGGCCUGGUACCUCUGGAUAUUGCUGUCCUGACUAAUAACAUCUCAAUGGCGAGCCUCUUAAUGAAUGCUGGAGCCAGGGAUAACCAUCAGUUCGAUGAAGGAAAUUGGCCUGUGCAUCUGACGGCAAUAGUGAGCAAUGCGGGACAAAAGAUUUCCGAACUGACAGAACUCAGGAAUGAAGAGUCAGAGGUUGAUUUCCAUAACAAAACCCGAGCGCUUCGGACUUGGAGAUUUCGAUACAAGCUCUAUAAGCAAAUGAAACUUGCUUUUGACAAUGCGCAUGUUCCUGAUUCUCCAGAGAAUGUGUGUUUGUUUGUAACUGGCAGUACAUCUCUUCAGGUCACAUUUGAGGAACCACGAAAGACAGACACCUUGAUAAUCACGCGAUAUAAAGUGGAGUGGAGUUACUCUGAAACCUUUGAAACCAGAGCAGGAGUUGCUGUUGUCGAGGAUCUGAAGUCCCUGCAGUUAGCAAUUGAAGGCCUCGUCACGGGUGUUGUGUACUACGUUCGUGUUUCAGCUUACAACAUGAAAGGCUGGGGACCACCAAAGCUAUCUUCGCCCCCCUGUGCCUCUCCUUCCAGUUGGAAAGAGUCCUCAGAUAUUAAGCUGAGGCACAAGGACCAAAGCCAAGCAGUGCUGCAGCUUCUGGAGAGAGUUAAGGGUCCUUGUCAUCGGAGCUUUUUCGUGGAAGCUUCCAAGGUUCACGUGCCUAGUAAGAGGCUCUUGGUCUCUCGAAGUCUCAAGUACCUUUUCCAAAAUACAAGCAAAUUUGUCAAGACCUUACAGAGGGGGGUGUACUUAGCUGCCAUUUUCUUCUACAAAGAGAAUGUUCUGGUGACAAGCGAAGACCAGCUUCCGAUUGUUGAGAUUGACAGCUGCUGCUCAGGCUCCGACAUGCAAGAAUUCCUCUGGUUCUCCAAGAUCUCAUGUAUGUGGAAGGACAUCCAGUGGCUGCAGCAGGGAAUGAAUUCCACACUCUCUUCCUCCUCCUCAGUGCUGCAGACCAGGCAGAAGAUGUUAGUAGCAGUGUCCCAGCUCCAGAGUUCACUGGGGACACAAGACCUGGGCCAGGUGCACUUUGAGCCAAUCAAGGAUAAGCUCGGAAAUGUUUUAAUCCUAACUGUCAAGGAGAUGCUUCCAUCGCAGGCGUUGGAUGGUGUCCGAUGGAUCCCACUGUCAAAACUUCACAACUAUCGGAAAUCAGUCUCUGCCCUUGACUGCAUCACUGCACUGGACAUGUUGCUUAUGUCCAUGAAGGACAAGCUGGAGUAUCACCAGCGGAGCAGUCAGGCCUUGCCUCCAGGCCUCUAUCUCGGGUAUCUCAAACUUUGCAGCUCUGUGGAUCAGAUUAAAGUCCUCGUUCCCAACAGGUUCCCCAACAUUCUCUGUCACGCUAAAAUACGGAACAACAAAAACAUAUCCAGGGAGGAAUGGGAAUGGCUGCAGAAAAUCUCCUCUUUAAAUGAUUCCAUAGUCACGGAAGAGAAUACUGGGAGCCCACAGUGCCGUUUCCUGAAUGAACUCCGUACAACUGUGAAGAGCCUUCUCACACAAGUGGAUGUACCCCUCAGCCAGGCUGUAGAUUUCCGCCUGUACACACAGGAAGUGCUGGAGUUUGGAGACAAAGUCUCCUUCCUCUUGUUGCUUCCUCCCAUAGAUGAUGUCUGCUCAGCCCCAGGACAAGAUGGACAUCCCUCAGGGUUUCUGACCCUACCUCUUCAGAUCUUCGAGCUUGUGCAUUUCUGCACCUAUGAACAAGAGCUGUUUGCACAGUACUGUCAGACCUCAAUUUUACUGGAACUUGAUUCUUUGCUGUCCCAGCAAGCUUUGAGGGAAGCCAUUGAUAAUACAGAACUGAUUGAAGCAAAGGAGAAACAUGGCCAGGUGACAGAUCUCAUUCAGCAACUGGAUGAUAUUUGGAAGGAAGUCCGCUGGAUCACAGAUGUGCUGCAGUAUGCCCGAUAUCGUCAACCUCCCACUGGAACUCCUCUGUCCUGGAUCCUGGAGAUCCCAAGCACAGUGAACAGUCGGAAAGCAGAUCCAGUCACAAAACCCCAGAAUAGUACUGAUUUCUCUCUGGAUUAUAAUGACAUAAAGAAAUCUUCAGACUGUAAACAAAUCCUGGAUGAAGAUGAUGUUUUCUGGCCAGUGGAAAAAGACUACGAUUCUAAGCCAGUUCUCACACCCAAGCAAAUAGAUCCAGUGUGGUCCUUUACUAGGGAGCACCAUCACUGGAGCAGUGAUGCUACCAUAGACACAGACUGUACAAAUCCUCAGCGGCACUUUGCUCUCCAUAGUGAGCCACAGAGACACAGGAAAGCUGACAAAGAGUACUAUCGGACAGGGAGUCUGGAACUUAAAGGCCAGGCAGUCAAGGAAGGCACCUCUUUCAAGUUCUGGUCGCAGCCAACAUCAGUGGAUGACAGCACAGAGCAGUCUGAUCAUGAAGAGCACUACUCUUUCACUACUGAGGCUGUGCAACACAUCCAUCUACCUGAAUGUAGUUUAGUGGAGUGGAUCAAAGAGUCCCAGGAUACCUAAGCAUUCUGUUACCUUAAAACUGGAUUGACUGCUCAGAUGUAAAAAUCCCACCUCAGAUUGGAAUUACACAGCAUCUCUGAGACAUUUUCAAAUGGAUUCAGGUGGUCAAGAUGUUCAGAAUUUGCUUUGUUUCAUGAGGAAGGAUUUGUAAAUCUAUAAGAUGUUCAGAACUCACUUUGUUCCAUGAGGAAGGAUUUGUAUUUCUAUAGCACCUUUCAAGGCCACCAGACAUCUGAAAGUGGUUUACAACUAAUGGAUUUCGUUUUUGCUAAAGUCACUCCUGGAUGGAAGAAACGCCCUGACAGUUCGUGCAGAGCAAGAUCACACAGGAUAAUAACUGUGCUGAUUGUUGUUUAAAUGAUAAAGGGAAAACUCCCCUGAUCUUCUUCAAAAGUAAUGCCUGCCAUCUUUUAUGUCUCCUCUUGUGAGCAAUUAACACUACAUCUCAAAGGCAGUACCUGAAACUGCAGCAUUCCCCCAAUGCUGCACCUAUAUAACAACAAAGAAUGAGGCCAUUCAGCCCAGCAUUAACAUGUUGACUGAAGAAUAAUUCACCCAGAUUAAUCUCGCUCUGGCUCUUCUACCAUACCCUUCUAGGUCACUAUAGUAUCCAGGUACAUCUGCAGUGUGAUGCAGGUUUCUGAAUUUCUUCCCAUUCUGGUGGGGAGUACAAGGUUUUCACAUUGUGCUGUCCUGAAGAAGGAUCUUGGCCUGAAACGUCAACAAUUCCUUCCUUGCACAGAAACUGCUUGACUUGCUGAGUUCUUCCUGCAGGUUCUUUGUUGCUCCAGAUUUUCAUCACAUGCUGAAUGAAAAGAAUAAUAUCAACUGCUAAUUCUUUAAAAUUUAUGCCCCUGGCUACUUAAAAUCUCUCUCAGAAUCGUAGUCUUAGAAAAUCAUGGAACUGAAGAGCACUUAAUCCAUAUGUUCAAAUUAUUCCCAACAGCACGGUCCUGAGCCCAUAACAUUGUAGGUUAUCGUGCUUCAAAUGUUCAUCCAAAGAAUUUUAUAAAUGUUCUGAAGGUUUUGUUGUUGCAAAAGACAGUGAUCCUGUCACACUUGAGGUUAAAGAGAAUUCUCAAUUCUCAAUUCUCACUUUUAAUUUUCUUAAAUUUAUAUUCGUCUUAAAAAAAUGUUGUAAACACUCAGCAGGUCAGACAGAGUCUGUGGAAAGAAAAACAGAAUCAACCUUCCAGAUCAGAAAUUCUUCAUCAAACUGAAAAAAAGUAAGAGAAGUUCUUGACUUCUGUGCUCAAGGAAAUAGGUUCUUCCUGUCUAAACUUCCAUUUUAAACCCCUCAAUUAAAUUUCUUCCCAUUCUGUGGGGGGGAAAAACUCAGCCUAGCCAGUUUCUCCUCGUAACUGGCUAGUUUCUCCUCAUGUAACACCUCUGUACCCUCUCUAAUGCAAGUGCAUUUACAGUGUGGUGAUCAGACCUGUGCCUGCACUAGCUGUGUUUAGUGAGUGUUUGAUACAGUUCUAGCUCUAAUAUUCUUGGCUGUCAUUAAUAAAGACAAGUAUCCUGUGUACUGCUACCUCUGUAAUCUGCCGUUCUGCACUCCACAAUCUCUCUGUUUUCAUGUUUACUAACAACAUAAGGUUAUUUGGCCCUGAAGUCUCUGCAGUUCUCAGAACAGUCCCAUCAAUCCCAUUCACACAUUUAUUUUUCCUGCAAUCUAUUUUCUCUCACAAGCCCAGCAACUCCACUCUGAGUCUCCCAACCCCCACUUACUCUUGGGGUAAUUUGCAGAAGCCAAGUACAGUGGAUUCUGGUUAAUUGGAACACAUCAGGACCAGUAUAUUUUGGCCCAAAUAAGCAUGUACCUAUUUAACUAAAGUUUCAUGAAAAUUGUUAAAAAGAUAUUUAAAAGACUAACUGCCAUUUAACUGACUAACAAAUUGUGUAUUUAAAUAAAAUGUACAACAAAUUAGAACAGUACCAAUACUACAACAGUAUUAUAAAACUGUAUUGGCUCCUAAUAGUCAUUAAUAGAGGAAUUCAUCCAAUGUAUGAACAAAGAAUAGUACAGCACAGUACAGGCCCUUCAGCCCACAAUGUUGUGCCGACCCUUAAAACCUGCCUCCCAUAUACCCCCCCCACUUUAAAUUCCUCCAUAUACCUGUCUAGUAGUCUCUUAAAUUUCACUAGUGUAUCUGCCUCCACCACUGACUCAGGCAGUGUAUUCCAUACACCAACCACUCUCUGAGUAAAAAACCUUCCUCUAAUAUCCCCCUUGAACUUUCCACCCCUUACCUUAAAGCCAUGUCCUCCUUUAUUGAGCAGUGGUGCCCUGGGGAAGAGGUGCUGGCUAUCCACUCUAUCUAUUCCUCUUAAUAUCUUGUAUACCUCUAUCAUGUCUCCUCUCAUCCUCCUUCUCUCCAAAGAGUAAAGCCCUAGCUCCCUUAAUCUCUGAUCAUAAUGCAUACUCUCUAAACCAGACAGCAUCCUGGUAAAUCUCAUCUGUACCCUUUCCAAUGCUUCUACAUCCUUCCUGUAGUGAGGUGACCAGAACUGGACACAGUACUCCAAGUGUGGCCUAACCAGAGUUUUAUAGAGCUGCAUCAGUACCUCGUGACUCUUAAACUCUAUCCCUCAACUUAUGAAAGCUAACACCUCAUAAGCUUUCUUAACUACCCUAUCCACCUGUGAGGUAACUUUCAGGGAUCUGUGGACAUGUACCCCCAGAUCCCUCUGCUCCUCCACACUACCAAGUAUCCUGCCAUUUACUUUGUACUCUGUAAACACAAAAUAAUCUGCAGAUGCUGUUGUCAAAGGAACACUCACAAUGUGCUGGAG